AUGGUUUCUGCUGGCUCGAUUACCGUCGCAGUCCGCGUACGGCCGCCCUCGUCAUGGGAGGCCGCUCGUCUCCCAGAACCAUGCUAUGAUACAACUAUCCGAGGAGAUGGCACACUUGCGACCCCCAACAAGUCAGUGUCAUCCAUGUCUGCCGUCCGUGACAUCGUCCAAGUCGUAGACGACCGCAUCCUCACCUUCGACCCUGCCGAAACGGAUCGAGCAAAGGCCUUUGUCGAGCGUGGAUUUGUGCCCCCGGGGACUAAGCGGUAUAAGGACAAACGCUUUAUGUUUGACCGGGUAUUCAGGCAUGAGAGUUCGCAGCAGGAGGUGUUCGAUGGGACGGCGCGCCCUCUGCUGAACAAUUUGUUGGAUGGAUACAAUGCGACUGUGUUCGCUUAUGGUGCGACGGGGUGCGGAAAGACACAUACGAUCAGUGGCACGGACGCAGACCCUGGCAUCAUCUAUCUCCUCAUGGCCGACCUCUUCCAACGCAUCGAGGACCGUAGGGACGACUACCACGUAGAAGUCUGCGUCACUUUCCUUGAGAUCUAUAACGAGGAGAUCCGCGACCUCUUGUCAGAACAGGAGGGAGUUGGUCCACGAGGAGGUCUCCAGAUCCGCGAGGACAAAUCCGUCAAGGUCGUCGGUCUCACAGAGUUAAAGCCCAACACUGCCGAGGAAGUAAAGGAGAUCGUCCUCCUGGGCAACUCAAGACGAACCCAAUCCCCAACUCACGCCAACGAAACCUCAUCCCGUUCGCACGCCGUGCUUCAGGUCCAUGUCACCCAGGCUCCUCGUACCGCCUCAAUAACGGAGGAGCGUACCGCAGCCACGCUUUCUAUUAUCGACUUGGCCGGCAGUGAACGGGCUGCUGCUACGUCCAACAUGGGUAAACGCAUGGUCGAGGGUGCUAACAUCAACAAAUCCCUCCUCGCCCUCGGAAACUGUAUCAAUGCUCUUUGCGAGAGCGGCGGCGCAGUACGCCACAUCCCUUACCGGAACAGCAAACUCACUCGUCUGCUCAAGUUCUCACUUGGUGGUAACUGCAAGACCGUCAUGAUCGUCUGUAUCGCCCCUACAUCUAUCCAUUUCGACGACACACACAACACUCUACUCUAUGCCGAGCGUGCCACAAAGAUCAAGACACGCGUUGUAACACGCAACAUCCUCAACGUCGACCGACAUGUAGGACAAUACGUCGAGGCCAUCAACAGGCUCAACAUCGAAGUCGCCGAGCUCAAGGCCAAACUCGCUGGAAAGAUCAGUUCGGAUGCCGACGUUAUCCGAAGGAAGAAGGCGGAGGCGCAAGCAGAAGUAGAUCGCGCGAAGCAUGAUAUUCAGGCCAGAGCUGAGCAAACUCAGUCUUCGAUUGCGGACGGCGCGAUGUGCAGCGGAAAGCUUGCGUCAGCUCAGAUCAAGCUCUCUGCCAUUCGUGCCCGUCUCAACCAGCUGGACCAACUCGCUUCCACUUCACAACUAUCCUCUGACCUCGAGGCCGAACGUGGUCUACUCAGGUCCCUCGCCGCUCCAGAGGAGGAAGCUACUCGUGCCGACAGCCCUCUGAACCUCCGCCUUCAGCGGUCCAAUAAUUCUAGCAGUAUGUUCGAGGCGAUGCUCCGAGCUGUGGCAGAGCGACGGUCUGACAGGCUCGACGAGGUGAGCGUCGACAAUGUCCGACUCGAUGCUCAGUAUCGGAAAGCGGAGAUGGAGAAGAUCAAAGCGGAGGCGGAACGCGACUCUGUGAAGGACGCGAUGAAGUCUCAAUCUGAUAUGCUCGUCAACCUACUCGGCAUGGUUGGUAGGUAUACCGUCGUACUUCGGGACGCUAGUCGUUCGUUGCGGACGGCUCUGGAUGAAGGGCGAGACGGCCUCGAAGGGACUGUUCGUGCCGUAUCAUCUGCUCUCAAGGAUCUUUCGGAACAGAACGACGGAGACUUCCAAUCCAUGGUCGGGCAUUCAACUUCGGCGUACGUUCUUGGCCCUGAAGCUACAUCUACUCUCGAUAGCUUCAAAGGCCACGUCAGGAUAGCCGCCCCUCGCAUGUCUACGACUACUGCCCCAGCCCCAGUCACUCAACAGCCGAAAUUCAACAACGCUUCUCGUCGGUCGUCCUCCUAUGGUGCCCUCGGCAUAGCCUCACCAGCACGCAAGGCGCAUAUCAAAUCGCCUCGUAAAUCGCUUCGUAACAGUCUCUCUGGUGGACGCCAAAGUUUGUCUGGGAUUGGCGCACCGUACCGUCGUCCCGUGGACAAGAAGGAGAAGAAGGGCGUGCAGUGGCGGGAUCAGGCAGGACAGGGCGAGCUCGUCGACAACAAGUCUUUCAACGGCCCUUUAUCUUCUUCCAUGAUCGGUUCCAGCAGCAAACCCUCUCCCUCUUCCGCCCGCCCGCCAGACGAUGCCGAUGUUUUCUCUGCAUCUUCGCGUCCUGGGAGUCGUACCGGAGGAUCGGAGAGUGACUGGGAGGACGAGAGGACCGAGGACAGUGUCAAUUGGAGUUUCGCCGCGUUACCUUCACGCGACAUGCCUCCGAUGCGCGCCAGUACAGGCUCUUUACGACCCCGCCGACAAAGCCGGUUGGACUCCAGCUUCUUGAAGGCACGAGGGGCGCCGACUUUGGGUAGCCUAGCUGAGGACGACGAGAACGCUGAGGGACCAGCGAGUCCGCGUAGACGUUCAGGGCCGUUGUUGGAUCGUAGCUUGAACCCUCAGCCCGAAGAGGCGUCAACGAGCAGUAGCGAAAGUGCCCCCGGAGGUUCACUACACAUGCCCAAGGGUACUCGCGAGCGAAUUACCCAUACAAGUCCCAGACGUCCACCUCCUACACCACGAGCUGUCGGUGGCGGGGCCGUGAAGCCUACACGACGACGGUCGAACAUCGGACCGAUGCGAAGUGAGAAGAUGAGGAGACGUUCGAGCCAGAUUCCUCAGCUUUCGCCGCACAACAGGGAAGAUGCUGAACCGAGCAAGAAUAACGGCGGUGGACCGAAGCGGGUGUCGAUGAUGGGUGAUGGGGAUAUGUCGGUUAGGAAGUCGCCUGCGAGGAAGCGUAUUUCGUUGCUGACCAUGGCUUCUCGGGGCAUGAAGGCGGGUCGUCCUUCAAGGCUGCCGGGAAAUACGUCGGUGUCGAAUCUCUCGUUUGGGGACGUUAGUUCCAGCGCGGAGACGAGCUUCAAAUCUGGGCCCAAGCCGACGUGGAAGUGAUCCUGGAUUUGACUUGCCCGUCUUGCUCUGCGACUUUGUUGUGUAUACUUGAUUCGUGUUCGUGUCCGUGUCCGUGUUCGUGUCUUGAUUCUUUGGACCUUAUACCCUUACGUGUCUCACAAGAAUAAUGUGCCGUGUCAGGAUCUAUCUUCGCCUACGCAGUCCCAGUCUUAGCAUUAGUACAUCACGAUUAGUCGAGGUUUCCUACCCCAUGUCAUAUAGCACGCCUCUGUUCAUGAUUACAUCUUUCCACUAUACGCGUCCGAGUCUGUCGU